GUCUUGAAGGCCACCCGUGUUCCUGUGAGAAGUUAAGAGGAUGUUGUUUCCAGUGAAGUUUAGCAUCAUAUGAAUGAGAGCUCCAGUGUAGACCUCAUGGAGAUGUUAGAGUUACCACUGGAAACUCAGAGUCCCAGAAUGCAGUGCUGUUUUUAAAGCGGUUCCACUGGAGUUAUGGAAGAGACUCAGCUUGGCUAGUUAGUGAUCUACGAGAUGAUGUGUGAUGCCACUGAUGGUCAUGUUGGUCUGAAAGAGUUGAGCAGAAUAAAGGACUAAAGCUCCGCUGCAGCGUUUUCUCUAAUCCCACUGCAGAAGAUAGUCAAGUGGCAUUGUGGGUAAUUUAGGAGAUCAUUAACCAAACUGAUAAGAAAGAUGUCUAAACUCUAGGAUGCUCUUAAAGAUCAUGUUACUUAAAGAUCUGCAAAUCGUGUUUUCUUUAUAUGAAUUUAUUGUUCUUAGUGGUUUGUCUAAUAAUGUUAAUUUACAAAAAAAAUUACAAAAGAUUCUGAAUGUUUCUGGGGUUUAUUUUUGAAAACAAAAGCUGAUUCCCAUUAAAGUCCAGUAUGUGAUGGAAACCAUCAGAGAUGUUCCCUAAUGCAUUAUAAUGUUAUUGUUUGUUUGUGUUUUCAGAAGGACUGUUGGAGAAACCAUAAAGCCAUGCUCAUUAGUGGGGGGCGAGAACAUGCAGCUAAAUGAGGACACCUGUGAAAGCAACAUGCACAACGAACUGAAAAUUAUGUACAUUAAAGAAGAAGAGCCUAACGAUGACGAGUACCUCUGGUGCUGCACCAUGACUGACCCAGUGUCCUUACAUUCUGGGACUUGUGGAGGAAAGAACUGCACACCAUGGGCGGCGUUCUGGCGCAGUGGCUCUCCCUUCCCCGAGAGCAUCGAGAAGACACUGACGUGUGGGAACGGCCACAACGGCACUCACCAUGCUCACUUUCCUGUACGCCGGGCAUCAACGUUUUCUGCUGCCGUGCAGCUCAAGCUCGACGACCCCGACCUGAUUGAAAAAAAUUACGGCUGGAGGCAAGCUACUGCUUGCUAUUCUAUACGCUUUGUCGAGAACUGCUGCCACCCCUGCAGGCACCUGUUCUCCUCCAGCCCGGUGCAGGGACUGUGGGAGUGCUGUGGUUGGCUUCGGAUGCCGCUCGUGUCGUGUUCCCAGCCCGGAUGCACACAGGGAAAAGUCUCCUUAGAGAACCCUGAGCCAGUCAAAGACGUCGACCAUGAACCGAAUUCCACCACCAAUGGAGACAACCAGUGUCUCUGCUGA